GCAUGCUCUUUGUGAAGAAUUCCGAGUGUGGCUUUCUGCUGUGACCCAGAUAGAGCUGGAGCCAACCAUUGACAUCUCUUGUGCUAAAUACGAAUAUACUGAUGUCUUGCUGUGCCACGAUGAUGAGCUGGAAGGUCGGAGAAUUGCUUUCAUCCUGUACCUCGUCCCACCCUGGGAGAAAAGCGACGGGGGAACGCUGGACCUGUACAGCACAGAUGAACACUUUCAGCCACAGCAGAUCGUCAAGUCGUUAGUGCCUUCAUGGAAUACACUGGUUUUCUUUGAAGUGUCUCCAGUCUCUUUCCACCAGGUGUCAGAGGUUCUGUCUGAGGAGAAGUGCCGCUUGUCUGUGAGCGGCUGGUUUCACGGCCUGUCAAUAGCCAGACCUGCACGCCACGUUGAAACUCCCUUGCUCAGGAGCCCACACAUCCCCUAUGAUCAUGAAAUCUUGUAUGAGUGGAUCAAUCUUGUUUAUUUGGACAUGGACGCCCAAGCUCAAAUCCAGGAGGAAUUUGAGGAGCGAUCAGAAAUUCUCCUGAAGGAUUUUCUUAAGAAAGACAAAUACCAACUGCUAUGUGAAGCUUUGGAAAGCAAAGACAUCCAGUGGAGCAGCCGGGGGCCUGCCAAUAAAAGGCUCUAUGAGACAGCAGAGGAAGACAGCCUCCCUGAUGUGCUGAAGAAAUUCCUGCAGUUCUUACGCUCUGAGGCCUUGUUCUUACUGCUUUCCAACUUCACUGGCCUAAAGCUGCACUUCCUGGCUCCCUCUGAUGAGGAUGAGGAUGCUGGGGAAGGAAGAGCAGCAGACACCGCUGGGCCCCACAGUCCCAAAGCUGAGCAGGAAGAGACUGAACAACACACUGAUAGCAAUGCCCAUCAGCCAGACAACAUCCCCGAAGCACAAGAGAGUGAGACGCAGAAUGGCUCAGGAACCCCUGUGUGUGCAGGGGAGCUGAGGCGCUGGACCCACAGGCACUAUACUCUAGUCCAUGACACUCAAGCAACAGAAUUUGCUCUCGACCUGCUCUUCUUCUGCGGCUGCGAGGACUGGGAUCCAGAAUAUGGUGGCUUCACUUCCUACAUUGCCAAAGGUGAAGAUGAAGAGCUGCUGACAGUGAAUCCAGAGGACAACUGCUUGGCCUUAAUUUAUAGAGACAAAGAAACGAUGAAGUUUGUGAAAUACAUCAAUCAUCGUAGCCUGGCACGCCUGAAAAAGCAUCCGAACAGAACAGGAUUUUGGGAUUUUUCCUUUGUCUAUUACGAGUGA